AAGGAAAAUCGCGUUUUCCCGCGUUUCCAUUGUUUGGACCAAUGGGAAAAUUUAUUUUUUUUUUAUUCUAAAAAAGGGGAGAAAUUGUCAUCGAUUUUCCGAAGUUUACCGUCAAUUACCGGGUUUUUCCGAAUAAACGUGGUGGAUUGUUCAUUUUGCACUUGCGCUCAUCUGUGUUAACAAGUAACUCCGAUAUUUGUGCAUCACGUCCGCUCAUUUAUAAUUAUAUUUAAAUAUGUAAAUAUGUAUUGGAAAAAAGAAUAAUUGUAAUUCGUUUAUUGGUAUAUAGGUGAUUUGAGUGAAAAAUAAUUUGUGAAUAAUACAAUCCAACAAUGUCUUCAAUUCGAAAAAGAACUGGUCAGGAUACGUCAGACACUCCACGGGAUGUCAGUGAUGAUCAAAAAGAGGAUGUCGAGUCAGAAGACGAUGCAAAACUUGAGGUUGACGAAAUGUCUAAAACUUUAUCACAAGGAACAAAUCACAUCCCACAACUUCUCGGAACAAUUCUUUCCGGCUUACCAGAACGCUGGAAAAAUUGGGUAAUCCGAGGAAUCUUCACAUGGCUAAUGAUAAGUGGAUUUUGUCUGAUAAUUUAUGGGGGACCUUUAGCUCUGAUGCUCACGACACUGAUCGUUCAGGUGAAAUGUUUCGAGGAAAUAAUUAACAUUGGAUAUGCAGUUUAUCGAAUUCAUGGUCUGCCAUGGUUCCGAUCAUUAUCGUGGUACUUUUUAAUUACGUCGAAUUACUUUUUCUAUGGGGAGAAUUUAAUGGACUAUUUUGCCGUUGUAAUUAAUCGAACGGAAUAUUUACGAGUUCUCGUGACCUAUCAUCGCUUUAUUUCAUUCUGUCUCUACAUCACUGGUUUCGUAUGGUUCGUUCUAUCGCUCGUGAAAAAAUACUACAUGAAACAAUUUUCCCUCUUUGCAUGGACUCAUGUGGCACUUCUAAUCGUCGUUACUCAGAGUUACUUGAUAAUACAAAAUAUUUUCGAAGGACUCAUCUGGUUCAUCGUACCAGUGAGUAUGAUUGUCAUAAAUGAUGUGAUGGCAUAUGUUUUUGGAUUUUUCUUCGGCAAAACUCCAUUGAUAAAAUUGUCACCGAAAAAGACGUGGGAAGGAUUCAUUGGUGGCGGUAUUGCGACUGUCGUACUUGGACUAUUGAUGGCGUACGUUAUGUGUCAAUAUCGCUAUUUUGUUUGCCCGAUUGAAUACAGUGAGACUUUGGGACGGAUGACAAUGGACUGUGAACCAUCGAGUUUAUUCAAACCGCAAGAAUACACUUUGCCAGAAAGUGUACAAACUGUAACAAAAUUGAUCAAUAUGUCGACCAUUACAGUUUAUCCAUACUUACUGCACUCAUUAUCAAUGUCAGUAUUCAGCUCUGUGAUAGGACCUUUCGGAGGAUUUUUCGCGAGUGGAUUUAAGAGGGCAUUUAAAAUCAAGGACUUUGGAGACAUUAUUCCUGGACACGGGGGAAUAAUGGACAGGUUCGACUGUCAGUAUUUAAUGGCAACUUUUGUGAAUGUUUACAUUUCUUCUUUCAUUCACACCGCGUCUCCACAAAAACUUCUGCAGCAGGUUUUCAAUUUAAAAUCCGAACAACAACUACAAUUGUUCCAAGCCUUAAAGGAUUCGUUGGAACAUCGAGGAUUAGUGAAUGCUUCCUGUUAAUUGAACUUUUCGGUUAUUUUAGUUUAAAAAGAAGAAGAAAAAAACACAAACACGAAACCGAAUACUUAGAUACCUGACGUUAGUGUACGAUAAUUGGAAACUCUAUAGUGACCACUGUCGUUUUCUGUCUUUCCGAAAAAUCCCGACUGAAUUUCAUGUUCUAAUUUAUUUUCUACAUUAUACAAAAAGUGGCAACUAAUUUUUUAUUUUUUUUUCAUUUUCACUUCAUACUUUUGUUUUAAAUAUUUUUUCUUUUUUUAUUCAAAGAAAAAAUUAAAUAUUCUGAAGAGAAUAUUUAAUAACUUAUUUUGUAUUAAUCAAAACGUCUUCGUUUUUUUUACGAAAAUCGUCUGAAUAAUUCUUGAUUGGAUAUUUCAGAGCUUUUUUUCAAAUAUAGUCACAAAUGUAAAGCUUUAAAACUGCACAUUAGCGUGUCUCAAAAUUUUGAUUAAGAGAACUUUGAGUGGUUUUUUUAAAUUAUUUUUUUUGUGGUUUAGAAUUAUUUUUAACGACUAGAUAAUUGUAGAUUUAGAAUUACUGACAAAAAAAGAGGAAAGCAAAAUAUUCUUCGGAAAAUCUUGAAAAUUUCUGGAAUCAAUUUUUUUUUUGUGUCAGAAAUUAAUUGAAAAUUGAAAAUCCAGAUUAAAAAAAAGGAAUUUACGGAAGUUUCGGGAAAACUCAGUUUUCUUUGAUAACUUUCUAGAUGAAAAAACUGUGUAAAUCGCAAGAUUUUUCGGAUAAUUUUUCGAAUUUCGGACAAAUUUAAAUGAAAAGGGCUUAAUUAAAAUUGUGGGUGAUAUUAGAGUUCCAUAGCCUUAGAGGAAAAAGAAAAAAAAAUAUAUAGAAAACAAAUAGUCGAUUGAUUUUCAAUUUUAUUCCAUAAAAAUUGAUGUUUAAUUCGAAGUAAACUAAUUGUUAAUAAGUAGAUCAAUCGCCCCCCCCCCCUUUCAAUUUUAAAGGAAAGGUAAAAAUUUCUAUCCAAAGAUAGAUUAUCGUAAGUGUGCAAUAUAUGUAAAUGUUUUAUAAAAAUUCAAAAUAUUUUCCAUAAAAAAAAACUACAAUCAAAGAAAAAUCCAUUUGAGCAAAUUCUCAAAUUAUUUUUCUCUAUUGUCUAUAUAAGAAAAUACGGUUCAAUUAAUGAAUCUCGUGUCGAAUUCUCCUUUUUCUCUAACUGGAGAUGAAAAAAAAAAUGAUUAAUUCGUUUCCGAAUCGAACUUUUAUUUUUAUUCAUUUAUUCAGAAUCUCAAAGAACAUUCCGUUCAGAAAAAAUAAUUUUUUUGAACACCUGAAAGUUACUUUUUUAUAUUUCCAUUAUUCUCUUGACUCGGAAACGAAUAAGAUCUCAGUUAAAGGUACAAAAAAAAUGUCCAAAAAAAGAACACAUUCGUUAGUUUAGAAGGAAAAGAAAACAAAAAAUUGAUGUAAACUCAUAUAAAAAAAUCUACUAGUUAGCGAAUUGUAUGUACUUAGUAGAAUACAAAAAAAAAUGUAUUUAUAUUAUGUACAUUUUGUUAUGUUAAUGUGUGAAAAAUUGAAAAUGAAUGCAAAAAAUAAGUGUGAGACGAAUGAACGGAAAAAAACUGUAAAAUUGUCCAUUUGUGUUUAUAAUUAUAAUUAACAAUGUUGAAGCAUUAACUGUGCAUUUUAAUGUGAUUGUACUUUAAGUUUUACAAUAUACGUACAUUUAUCUAGCGAUAUAACUUAUAAAAAAACGUAAUUUAUGUAAUGUUGCGAAUGAUAUAUAUAAUAUAAAUAUUUUAACUAAA